AUGGUCACCAACAACAGAACCUUGCCAGUGGUCAUCGGCCCACCGCAGGACCACCUGAUGACGCAGGCCAACCUGAGUCAGUACUUCUACGAGAGCUUGCUGGACCGGGUGAAGACCAGUACUGCUCUGCUGUUUUGUGGAAUCUUCCUGGCACUGGUGGGCGUCACCUUCACUGCCAUGGGCUGGCAGCACUACCGGCUCAGGCCCACUUUGGAGUGGCCGCAGAUGCUGGGCCCGGUCCUCAUCUCACUCGGCGGUACGUUCGUGCUCACCAGUGUUUUCCGGUUCGGUAUGGUCUCCUGCUGGUCCUGCAGACAGUGGGACCGGGAUGCUCUAGAAGGACCCGGGAUGGAGGAGGAGGCCUCAGGUGGACCUGCUGUCACGAUGAGUCGACCGAUCAUGGCACACAGCGGUCCAGUGGUGUGUUUCCCACCUCCGUACAGCUUCAUUGUCCAGCAGGACGGCCAGACCUCUGAACUCCAGUCCAGGGGGCUGACCCACCUCCUCCCACCUGCAUUUUACAGGACGGAGAAGACGGAGGAGAGGCGUCCGCCUGCGUACCAGGACAUCUACCCGACUUCUGAAGAACACAGACACACUCUGGGGGGCAGAGUCAGUGAGGAAACGCGCUCACCUCCAGCUCUGCAUCAGGUGCUCGUGCCAGGACACCGGCAGCAGAACCUCCACACCCCAGAGGCAACGAACCAGACUCGCAGCAACACAAACAACAACAGUUUCCACGUCGCGAUGGAGGUCCGGCCAGACGAACAUGCAAUAAUCCGCUCCAGUCGUCCGGGAUCAGCGGGCCUGGGAGUCCGGCCUCGGUCCCGGGACUCUCUGGGCUUUCAUCUCAAUGUGAGUCAGGAGUUGAUUCAAACAGUCCUCAUGACUGAAAACACUGCGCCGACCCUGCCGUCCUUCUUCAGCCAGAUUCUUGAGGUCCUCAGGAAGGAUCUCUUCUCCUGCCUGGAAAGGACAGUCCACCCUCUCAGAGAACCACAAAUUUCACACUCAGAGGAGCCUGAUGGAGCCGACAGCACUCUGUCAUCUGCAAAUUAG